GCCGGCGCUGGUCCUCACCGAGAUGGCGGUGGUCGGCUCUUUCAGACCGUUGAGGUUCUUAGCGAGGAGGCUUUGCCUGUCGAGACACCCCAGCACCGAGCCAUGGGCCCCGGUUGCACUUCCACUCUCUGUCUGGCACUUGGAAUGGGACUGCGGCCAGACUGCAGGAAUGAGCCGGUUGAGACACACGACGAGUCAGAGGCAGCAGCAGCAGCCGGACCCCGGGGGCGAGGAGGAACAGCCGGAGCUGCCGUUGGCAGCAGGGACGGGCAGGCAGCAAGAUUUACAGGCUCUGCUCCAGGAAUUUCCACAGCCUAAGGGCCUGCUGGCUCAGGUUAUGCAGCGAGCUCUAAAGGUUUCUGAUGUGAAGGAUCACAUUGUCUACAAAUCGUUUGAUGGACACAUUAAAAAAACUGUUCUGUACAUCAGUUGGCCAAGAAAACUGAAAGUGGAAGGCUUCGGCAAGAAGAAAGUUGUUGCAGAGAAACACGCUGCAGCAGCUGCCUGCAGGAUAUUCAAGCAAUGGGGUCUAUUGGGACCAAGGAACCAGCUGUUCCAAGCUCAAGAGUACCAGGAUUUGGCUGAAAAAUUUUCAGCUUUAGCUGUCGGUGAGCCACACUUGGUGAUGGGCAACACAAUCAACAAAGCUUUCAGGAAGGAGAGUUUUGAGAAAGAAGCAUCUCAACCAAGUGAAGAGGGUCUACUGGAGGCAAAUGAGGUGGACGAGGAGGUGGAGGAAGGGAUAAUGGACUGUACGGAGUUUCUCUCUGUUACAGACAAAGCAUCUGAGUACAAACCCGUGUCAAGAGCACUGCGGGGUAUCAUGACUGAUGACACCAGCGCGAUGAGGGCCCUAACCCAGUUCCCUGAGCCAAAGAACCUCCUGUCAAAAGUUAUACAGAUAGCAACUACCUCUUCUACAGUCACAGACUAUCUGAGAUACACUACAGAAGACGGUUCAGUGAAGAUAUGUCGCCUUGAGGUGCAGUGGCCGACCCCGAUGACCUUUGUUGCAAGUGGUCGGCGGAAAACCGAGGCAGAAAGAAGAGCAGCAGCUCUAGCCUGUAAGAAGUUGAAGGAUCUGGGCUUGCUUAACCAGAAAAAUCAUCCACUGACCCAUGCCAUGUACAAUCUGACUGCCAUAAAAGAGUUGAGUGAAAAGGAACGGAGGCCGACCAGGCUAGAAAUCCCUGAGAGCCUCCAGCAACGAAUCCAGCAAUAUCUGGACCAGUACACAUUAGAGACAGCCCCUGAACACUAUGACUGUGAGCACAAGCCUAUCAGCACUGGCCCAGAGAUUGUGGAUUCAAUGUCUAGCAGUGAUUUGAUUAAUGAUGCCAUCACAGGAGAAAUGUAUGUCCCAAUGUUGAAUGGAGAAGCAGAGCGAAUCAGUCAGAAACUGCUCUGGCUUUGGCAGAAAUCUCGGCCUGUGAAGGUUAAGCCAUUGCCCGUGGACUUGCACAAGAAAACAAUAGUCUCUACCAUUGAAGAAAAUCAGGUCAUUGUCAUAGCUGGAGCAACUGGAUGCGGAAAGACCACCAGGAUACCUCAGUUCAUACUGGAGAAGUUCAUAACCGACAAUCGAGGAGCGCACUGCAACAUUUUAAUUACACAGCCCCGACGGAUCAGUGCUGUGUCGGUGGGGCAACGGGUGGGCUACGAGAUGGGGCCAAGCCUGAAGAAAAAUGUGGGCUACCAGGUGAGGCUGGAGAGUAUGUUGCCCCCUCGGGGAGGAGCCCUGCUUUUCUGCACUGUUGGCAUCCUUCUGAAGAAACUGCAAGGGAAUGCCUCACUAGAAGGCAUCAGUCACGUCAUUGUGGAUGAAGUCCAUGAACGUGACGUCAACACGGACUUCCUGCUCAUUUUAUUGAAGAAUGUGAUAGAAGCCAAUCCAAAUCUGAAGAUCAUCCUGAUGAGCGCCACCAGCGAUACUGAGCGGAUAUCAGAAUAUUAUGGGAAUUGCCCUGUAGUGACUGUGCCAGGGUUCAUGUUUCCAGUGAAGGAUUAUUACCUGGAUGACAUCCUGCCAAUGCUGGGGCGAAAGAAGACCAUCCAGCUCAAUCAAGAUGAAGAGGACCCUGUCCCUGAUCUCGACCUGGUUACUGACACCAUUUUGCAUAUUGACUCUCACAGUGAGUCAGGUGGGAUCUUGUGUUUCUUGCCAGGAUGGCAGGAAAUCCGAGGAGUUCAACAGAGACUUGAGGAACGCCUUUCAACUAGAAAAGAAAACUAUAUAAUUUUACCUGUUCACUCCAACAUUCCUGUGACGGAUCAGCAAGAGAUCUUCCGUCAGCCACACCCUUGGAUGAGGAAAAUAGUCCUGGCGACAAACAUCGCAGAGACCUCAAUAACUAUCGAUGAUAUUACACACGUGGUCGACACAGGGUGUCACAAGGAGCAGCGCUAUGAUCUGAGGACAAAGGUUUCAUGUCUCAACACCGUUUGGAGUUCCAAGUCGAACGUGAAGCAGCGGUGUGGGCGGGCAGGCCGCUGCCAGCCGGGUAAUGCCUACCAUCUAUUCAGCAGGGAGAGGCUGGAGAAAAUGGAUGACUUUCCGAUCCCAGAAAUUCUGCGCACCCCUCUGGAGAACAUCGUGGUCCAGUCUAAAGUCCAUAUUCCUGGCAUUACGGCUUCAGACUUUCUUUCUAAAGCAAUGAAUAAUCCGAACCCUAAGGCUGUGAAUGAGGCUGUGCGAGUACUACAGGAAAUAGGAGUGCUCGAUGAAGAUGAAUCUCUCACUUUCCUUGGGCAGCGCCUGGCCCACAUCUCCACAGACCCACGGCUGGCAAAGGCGAUCAUCAUGGCCUCCAUUUUCCGCUGUCUGUCCCCUGUAUUAACAGUUGUCGCAUGUCUGACUCGAGAUCCGUUUGUGAACAGCUUGCUGAACAGAACAGAGGUUAUGAAGGCUAAAGCACAUCUGAGUGGGGAGAGCCGGAGUGAUCAUAUGGCGUUUAUUAAAGCCGUUGAAGGCUGGAAGAAAGUCCUGCAGGAGCGUGACGCAGACUCCAAGAAAGAGUACCUGGAAGAGAACAUGCUGUACGCUCCGAGCCUUCGCUUUAUUCAUGGAUUGAUUCUGCAAUUCUCUGAAAAUGUUUACAAUGCCUUCUUGGUGUCGAAUCCUUCAGAUAGCACACGUUCCUACUCCUUGUGUAACCAGUACAGCGGGGAGGAAGAGCUGAUUAAGGGUGUGCUACUUGCUGGCCUAUACCCCAACCUUAUCCAGCUGAGACAUGGAAAAGUCACCAAAGAGGGAAAAUUUAAACCCAACAGUCUGGUCUACCGUACUAAAAGUGGCCAAGUUUUGCUGCACAGAUCUACUGUCAACAGGAACGAGGAAUAUUUUAAAAGCCGUUGGCUGACCUAUUUCACGGCUGUGAAAUCCAAUGGAAAUGUCUUUGUCCGUGACUCCUCCAUGGUCCAUCCACUGGCUCUGCUGAUGCUUCCAGAUUGUGACAUCAAUAUCAAGGAGGAUGAUGACUCUGUGCUGCUCACUCUGGCUGACUCUAACCUCUUGCAACUUGAGCUGGACUCAAAGACUGCCUACUUGCUAUACAGCUUCCGUACAGCGAUGCACAAGAUGGUAGAAAACUGCCUGCGUCAUGAGCUCCCAGAAAUUUCCUCUGAGCUGCGCAAGGAGCAUGGGGAAGUGCUGUCAUUGCUUGUGGAGCUCUUGAACUGUUGGCCAACAGAGUAAAGAGUUCAAUAGGAGGAGGGCAGGUGGGUGAGUUUGUAUUGUAUUCUGUAUCAGAAUUACCUGACACAAUGUACAAAAACAUGAGAUAUAUGUCUGCUGUAUUUAAUGCUUUGAGCGGUUAAAACUGCUCUCACCUCUCUGCAAAAUUACUUGAAACUGAUGGGCUGACCAGUCUAUCAUCUCAGAUAAUUUAUAACUGAUGUUUAUAAUGGAUUGUAUGUAAAACUGUAAUCGGAAUAAUCUUAUUGAGGGCUGAAGAAGGUGGGUGAAUAUGUUUCUGUAUGCACACUAUUUUCUGAUCCAUAUGAUUUAAAAAUUCAUUAAAAAAACUUUUGUCAACAUGUUUUUGUCUUUAUGAAAAGAAACUUGCUUUUCUGUGAACCGUGGGUCAUUGGUGGCACUUUGGCCUCCGAGUCAGAGGGUUCAAG